ACAUGAUCUCCCUCAUCACAUCGGUUCUGUUCUUCCUUGUGGCCUGCAACAGCUAUGCAACUAUGCUGAGUUCGCACUGCAAACGUCUUGUCACUAAAGAUCACCUGAAAAACCUGUCACAACUGAUUGAUACCCAGAUGAAGAGUUCCUGCCAGAUAUCCUUUAACUAUGUGGAAGAGAGUGAUCUGAACCAUCAAGUUUGCUUUCUCAAAGCUGCGUAUCACCCCCUGGGAAAGCUUCUCCGCGAUGAAAUGAAGUUCAAGGAAAACACUGCGAAUUCCAGGAUUCAAGAGAUGUUGCUCGAAAGUCACAAGAACCUUAAAGAGGAAUGUUUUAAAAUUAAAGCUGAUGAAAGCCAGAGCGCAGCACGUUGCUUCAAGAAGUUCUCUCUGUCUGCAGAGGAGAUGCUAGAGCUGGUGCGCAGAUACUUUAGGCUGGCUGAGGAGCUAAUCUAUAGAAAGGAAGAUUUCAGCCAAGACUGCAGCAGGAUCUUCCGGAAGUGUUCAGACUCACAAAUUGAAGUUGCCUCCCCUACAGGUGUGGUGACUGACCAAGACUGCAAGUGCCCAGCCACAAGCCCCAACACUCGGGGGCUCGUGCCUUCUUUCCUUCCGACUUUCGAGUCCCUUCCUUCCGUUGCAGACCAGCUGGACAGCAAGGAGACCGCUGCCAGCACUCUCCAGUUAUUUAUGCUGCCUGGCACCAUGCAGCCUCGAGGCCAGUCAGAGGGUAGUACCAGGCCCAGGGUGCCCAGGAGCACCUACAGAGGCCCAAGCAUAGACUUGGGGGUUGCCGUUCACGCUGCCAUGUCCUCUGCACCAGAAGAAUUGGCGUCGGCAGCUAUGUCACAGGGACAUGACCCUGCGGCCAUGGAUACUGCAGCAUUCCAGGAACUGACCCGACCCCUGCACCCUUGGUUCCCAAGGCCCAGUAGCUUCCCCGCCUUUCCUUCCAUACCGCAGCAAACCAAAUCUGAUCUCCCUGGUUCAGGAACUGGCAGCAGCCAAAUUCGGCCCAGUGAGUUAUCCUCUCAACAUCUAUCUCUUUCUGGCUUAGCCAAACCCUCUCCCGGUAAUCACUGGCUUCCGACAAGAGAUGUGGCCGAGGCCAUUCCUGGAUCUGCAUCUGAUUCGGGUAGGACUGAUAGCAGCAGCACAUCUAGCCUAAGCCUGGAAUCCUUUGCCACUUUGGAGCCAUUGGACAGCUCAGGGGUGCCCUCCAGUGGCAGCUGGGCAGUUCUCCCACCCAGCGACCCAGCACUGUUCGCCAGCCUCGGCGCCGAGGAACCUUUCUCCUCGACUCGGCAGUCUUUUAGAGCAUCCACAAGGGAGAGAUCCCCAGACAGCUACUUCUGGGGGGAGCAGAGCAGCAGAGGCCGAGCCCCUGGAAUACAGCAGAGCACCCAGGUCCGAGAGAGACGAGCAGGACGAGGAGAAGAGGGCCUGGCCCAGGACAGGGAGCCUGAGGAUAGCCUGUCGGGGCCCAACUUUGACCUGAGCUUCAUUCCUUCGAACACAGAGAAGUCCAGCAAGACGCCGGAACGCAGAGAUAGCCAAAGGAUGGCUCUGAUGUAUACCCUGGUGCCCAGCGUCCUGGGGAUCCUGCUGGCAGUGGGAGGCCUACUGUUCUACUUGCAUAAGUCCCGGAUGCUAGCAAGGAGGCGACAGCAGAGGAUGGGAAGUAACAUGGAAGUGCAAGAAGGAAGCCCAUUGAGGGAAGGGGAGGAGCAUUUGGAGUUGCAGAUGCAGGGGGAACUAUGA